AUGUCAAAUAAUUCAUUCAAUAAAGUUAAAGAUUCUUUGUUGAUUAAAGAAGAAUAUACAGAUACCAAAGAACCAUUAAGUGAAGUGAAAAUUAAAGAGGAAGCGCCAGAAUUAGAAAUAUUUAAUAGUGAUAAAUUUAGUGAUGGACUUAUAAAAACAGAACAGUUACAUACAGAAAUUGGUCUGUUCAAUAAAUGUGAAGUACCAGAAUUAGUAGAAACAAUCAAAGAAGAAUAUAUAGACAGUAAAGAAGAAUUAAGUAUAGUUGAAAAAAUUAAUGGUGAACAAAUAGAAGCAGAUCAGUUACAUACUGAAGUGAUAAUUAAAGAUGAAGUAUCAAAACCAGAAGAAACUGUUGUUGUUGAACGUAUUAAAAUAAAAUUUGGACAAAAGCCUUAUUCAUGUGACGUCUGUGAUAAAACAUUCAUCUUUCAAAACAGUUUACUCCAACAUAAACAAGUUCAUAAUUUAGAAAAAUCUUUUUCAUGCGAUGUUUGUAAAGAAGUAUUUACCCAGGAAAACAGUUUGAUUGAACAUAAAAUAAUCCAUACUGCCCAUUGUGAAAAUUUUACCGUUAAACAUGAAUCAGAUGUACACAAAUUACAACAUACCGAGGAAAAAUCAAGCAUGUUAGUUUCACAUGAAAUAAUUCAUACUGCUGAAAGACCUUAUCCAUGUAUUAUUUGUGGUAAAACAUUCAAUCGGAAAAAUUAUUUAGCAGUGCAUAAAAAAGUACAUACUGGAGAAAAACCACAUUCAUGUGAAGUAUGUCACAAAAAGUUUUCUUCUAAACAAGGUUUAAUUACACAUAGUAGUAUGCAUUCGGGAGAAAAUAAUUUAUCAUGUGAAAUUUGUGAUGAAAGAUUUACUCAUAAAUACAGUUUAAAAAAACAUAUGAGUAUUCACAAUGAAGUAAAAUUAUCUUAA